AUGUUGGAUUGGCAGAUUCAGACACCCCAAUAUGUGGACGCAGCGACACAGACACCACCGCUAUACGGCGGAGCCCAGAGACCUACGCCGUCGGAGGCGAUGGCCUAUUCGACCGCUAGCUGUUCUACUGCACCGCCUGCUAAACCGAACAUCCAGUACUACAACGAGACGAAACCGAGCCGUUCUGCCGACUACGCGCCACCUGCCAAACCAAACAUCCAGUACAACAACGAGACCGACGGGUUGGAAGUCAGGUUUCCAGUGGGGGAAGACGUCUUCGCCACGAUUGGUCGUUUCAAAGGCAAAGCGCUGAUGGGCGUGCGACAGUUUUAUCGUCCGUACCCUGAAGAAAAGAACUUGUGGAAGGCCAGCAGAAAAGAGCUCGUUCUGACCCCAGAUCAAUGGCGUGUUCUCAAACGAAACAUGUCGGGGGUGUCGACAGCCCUGCUAUCAUGCACGUUUGCCUCAAUGCCGUACGACAACACCCUUUUCUCUCCUCGUCGCUUUGGGUUGGGAAAUCUACGAUACGCCAUUGUGGAGAUCUUCAGAGGGAAACCAGUCGUGGCACUAAGAGAGUUCUACCGACCGAAGGAUGGUUCUGACAAAAUCCUCCCCGGCAAGAAAGGGAUCAACUUGUCCACGGAUCAGUGGCAGGCGCUGGAGACACACAGCCAGAAGAUGGAUGCAGUGCUGGAAGCUGUGCUCAACAACGAGGGCUCCCCAAGCAACAACCUCAUCACGAAGAUCUUAGAGGAGUAA